UUGCCCCCCAGAUCGAUGGAGAUGGCUGCAACCAAACGGAUUCUCCUGCCCCCAUCCUACAACAUCAGCAAAACACUCAAUUCCAUCUGCAAACAGCAGAGAAAUCCUGUCUCUACUCCGCAGCUGCACCCCUGUAGGUUUGCAGGGAUGGGAGGUGCAGCUUCCAGGUUCGCCGCCCCGAUGAAGCAGCGGAGGGUGGAGAGGGACCUCGACAACAAGGUGGUGGAGGCGCUCCGGGAGAGGGCGAGGACCAGGAAGAAGACAUUCAAGUCGGUGAACAGCAUCACCAUGCGCCUCCCUCGCUUCAAGGAUGGCCUCAGGGACAUCAGGGACGUCUUCGACCACUACGACGGGGACUCGAACGGGUCGAUCGACAAUGAGGAGCUGAGAAGAUGUCUGAGGCAGCUCCAGGUUCAGAUGUCGGAGAAGGAGGUCGACGAUGUCCAUCGCUAUUGCGAUAUAGACAAUAGAGAGGGGAUCCAGUUCCAGGAGUUUGUCGUCCUCCUAUGCCUCAUGUACCUUCUCUUCGGCCCAAACGUCACACGACGGGUUUCUGAGUUUGAAUCGGCGAAGCUCAACUACGUAUUUGAUGAGCUCAUCGACGCCUUCCUGUUCUUCAACAAGGAAGGGGACGGCAAGAUGAGGAGGAAAGACGUCACUCAGAGGAUGAACGAGGCAUCUCAUCAGGAGAGGACACCCAGCCACAUUACAACACAGCUAUUCAAGGAGAUGGACCUGGACAGGAAUGGCAAGGUGAACCUGAAGGAGUUCCUCUUUGCGAUGAUAAGAUGGGCAGGGCUUGAAACUGAUGAAGAUGAUAGCAAUGACACUUCUCCUUAGUACUUGCUUAGACUUUCUUUUUAUCAGUUUGACAGAAUAAAUCACCAUUUGAAAGUUGGUAUCUGUUUUAUGAGAAGGUGAAAACAUCUGUUAUGGCAUUAGCUGGUGAGCUCCUAAGUUACCACUCACCAGGUUUGCCUGUAGUUAACCUCAAAUGUUCAGGAAUACAUGACAGCGAAUAUACUUGCUAUGAAAUGGCAUCUCAAAAGUUUCUAUA